UCUCUCACACACUUUCCCCAAGCUAGUUUCGCUUAAGCCUUACCAGUGUAAAGACGGUGGUGAUAAUCAUUAUAGACACAAGGAAAUACGUCAGUUAAGGGUGAUAUUGCUGUGGAUGAUGCUACCUUGUCCCAUGAGGGUUUGACAGUAGUGACGAGAGGGUGUUCUUAGUGAGCGAGCGUCUGAUGGGGGAGGGAUCUACCACCCGCCUAGGUAUUCACGGGACGGUUUUGGCGUGCGGUGGUUGGCACAGGCGGCGAGGAGGGGCUGGUGGCGGCCGUAGUGUGGCAGUCUAGCCCUUGACUGUGUCCCCGGCGGUCGCUUAUGUUCUCUCAUUCCUCGACAUGUUUUCCUGGCUCAGCAGAGAUGAUAUCAAGAAACGUCACUUACAGAUGUGUGAGUCGGUGUUGGAGGGCCUCAAGAUGGUCUACAAGAACAAGGUCCUGCCCCUCGAGUCCCACUACAAGUUUGAAGACUUCCACUCCCCUCCACUGAAUGACACGGACUUCGAUGCCAAGCCCAUGAUACUUCUCGUGGGCCAGUACUCAACUGGCAAGACUACCUUCAUUCGGUAUAUCCUGGAGAAGGACUUCCCGGGUAUCCGCAUAGGUCCAGAGCCUACGACGGACAGCUUUGUUGUGGUGAUGUACAACGAGAGAGACGGUAUUAUUCCUGGCAACGCCCUCGUGGUAGAUCCUAAAAAGCCCUUCCGUCCCUUGUCAAAGUAUGGAAACACCUUCCUUAAUAGGUUCCAAUGUUCGCACGUCAACUCCAAUGUGUUAAAAGGUCUCAGCAUCGUCGACACACCCGGCAUAUUGUCGGGAGAGAAACAGAGAGUCGACCGAGGCUAUGACUUUCACUCCGUGCUGGAAUGGUUUGCAGAGAGAGUCGACAGAAUUAUCCUGCUCUUCGACGCUCACAAACUCGACAUCUCAGACGAGUUCCGGUGCUUCCUCGAGCGUCUGAGAGGCCAGCACGACAAGAUCCGAAUCGUACUGAACAAAGCAGAUAUGAUUGAUCACCAACAGCUGAUGCGGGUGUACGGCGCCCUCAUGUGGUCUCUGGGGAAGAUCCUCAACACACCUGAAGUAGAGAGAGUCUACGUCGGCUCCUUUUGGAAUCAGCCGCUCAGAUACGACAUCAAUAGAUCGUAA